AUGGCUGGAAAUAUUGGAAACUUUGCCUGUGAAGUAGCGUCUGGUGACUGUUCACUCUCGAUUGACGACAUUGCCCAGUGCACGGGUGGCGACAAGCAAAACGUACCAAUUAUUGACUUUGCCCUCUAUGCUUCGCGGAACCUAUUUGAUUGGAAUGAAGGUAUUCAAAGUCUACUUGAUGACGAUCUGAAUCAGUUCCAAUCAAACGCAAUGCAAAUCGUUCUGGACUUUACCACUCACGAUAUCUCAGGUGUAGGUUCUGAGUCUGACUACAAGAGUGGACUUCAAUUAAUCGAUUUGAAUAGGGUUCUGGCGCUGGAUCUAUGGUUUUGGGGGUCCUAG